GUGCCAGUCUCGAGGAGAAGGGCAUGGCAAGAAUGUGCGGAAACCGGCAAAUCAGUCGAUUCCAGUUCAGCGGAAGAGCUGGUCCGAGCUGUAGAUAGAGCUGGGCAUAAGAAUAUUGCUGCCCGGAAUGGACUUCUCACGAAUCACGGAAUUGGCGUGAUCUGACUACACCCUUUGCGCAGCUUCUUCGGUUGGAACCAAAGAUCGGAUCGUGAAGAGUGAGCAUCGAUGUUUUUCUAGGAACGACAGGAAGCAACAGAAUGCACUUGUAAGCAAGCAGGAACGAAGCAGGCAGUGAGCGAGGGAAAGGAUAGGGGCAGAGGGUGAGUGAAAUAGAUGCGGAGAAGAUCGAUCAGGGGUAUCAGCAAUCAGGAAGAGAGGAAGUGAGAGGUUCAGAGAGGAACUGACGAUGCAGUACGAAGAUAUGCCUGACGAGGGCUCUCCGGACAGGGGGAUGCCGGAGUCAUCAUUCAGCUAUGACGACAUUUCUAUGCAGCGUAGUCAUAACUUCCUUAUGGCUUUGCAGGAACUGAAAAGCCUUCGAUCGCAACUUUACUCAGCUGCAGAGUACUGUGAAUCAUCCUACCUUUACAAUGACCAGAAACAAAUGGUCCUCGACAAUCUGAAAGAUUAUUCCGUGAAGGCUCUCGUCAACUCACUGGACCACCUGGGAACUGUUGCGUUCAAGUUGAACGACCUAAUGUCUCAACAAUUUGAGGAAGUUUCCUCCAUUGAAAUAAGAUCAGCAUCGCUAACCCAGAGACUUCGUUCUUGCCACGAACAUUCUGAUCGUGAAGGACUGAAACAACAAUCGCUGGCUAAAUCAACACAAGCUAAUCAUAAGCACUACAUUCUACCAGAUGCUACUGCGGAGGUUGCUAAAAGAGUUGCUGAACAGGACGUGGUAAUGUUAAGGGAGACAUUUGAUCCUGAGCAGAUACACCCAUUCCAGUCACAAGGACAGACGCCUGACGGCUCAAGUGGUUCUAGAAAUUUGGCUUGGCAUUUUGCUGUCGAUCGGACACCUGCCAACAACGGAGGGAGCAGCACGUUAAGUGGCCCAGCAAGCACCAAGCUGGCGGAUUCUGCAUUGAGGGAACGAGAUAUCUCGUUAACUCGAGGUUCCUUUCUCUUAUCAAACCCUAAUACAGAUUCUUCAGUUUCAACGUCAGGUCCUUUGAGCAUGACCGGGGGAGCAAAAUUAGCAUCAAAGUUCACUGCACGAUCGAAAUCAGUUGAAAGGUCGAGAUCAGUACCGAAGUUUCCGGAAAAGAAGAUUCCUGCAAGAUCACAAUCAACAGAAAGGAGGCCGUCAAUGAAAAGCUUUGGUACUAAUGGGAAGGCUUUGCAGGUGCUACUCAAUCAACAGCAACUGUUAAAGAAGCUGUUUAUAUGCAGCAAUUUCCGGUCUCUGGAUUCCUUGGGCAAAAUGGGACAACAGUCUUAGGUGCACUAAUGCAUUUGCAAAUUUGUGGAAGUGUUAGAAGGAGCAGCAGAUGUUGCUUUUGCUGCCCCUUGCACAAAAUCACAAAGAUACCGAGAGACUGAAAAGUUGCAAUUCGCAUGAGAUGCCCUGGAUUGUUGGUUGGGACAAUCGGAACCGCAAGAUAGGUUCCCGGUGAUUGUGUUCCUGUUUGCAGUGCGGCAAGGGGCCGGAUUGACUGAAAUUCCUGAGACUGAAAUUUUAAGAGGUGUUUAUUUUUUGAGGGAGGGUGAGGUGACAUCGGUAGUUGACAU